GCGUUUCCACGUUUCAGCAGCCGGUGACUGAGCAGCGGACAGAGAAGCAGACGGCCACAGAGCGGAAUCACGGUCAUCCUGAACAUUUCUGUUUUUAUUAUCUACAAAAACUGACUGACAGUUCAUCUCACCCGUGUCCCCUCCACGGUCGCGUUUCCCCACGCUAAUGAAACCGACUCAAAUCCAUCACAGAACGACUUGAAACCGCAAAAGUGAACCGAGAUUGGCCGGGUGGACUUUUUUUUUCUCUUUCCAUUUCUGCAGCACGUCUGUCCCGUCUCCUUCCCACAGAGCUGCUUUCUGUGAGAUCCAGAGGAGAUUAUCUUCCCGCAUCUCUCUUCCUGUCUGUAGCUGACUCAUAUCUGCUGCUCUCGGGACCAUGGCGGAGUACAGCUCUCUGCUCAGCGACCUGUCUGAAAACAUCACCAACGAAGACUUGGAGCAGCUCAAGUCGGCCUGCAAAGAGGACAUUCCCGAGGACCAGAGCAACAACAUCACUUCCUCAAAGGAGUGGUUCAGCUACCUGGAGAAGAACGACAAGCUGGCCCAAGAUAAUCUGUCGUACAUCGAGCACAUCUUCGAGAUUUCGCGGCGACCGGACCUGCUGACGAGGGUGAUCGAGUACCGCACCACCGUGCUCAAGAUCUCUGAGGAUGACGAGAUCGACACCAAGCUCACACGCAUCCCCUCAGCCAAGAAAUACAAAGAUAUCAUCCGCCAGCCCUCUGAAGAUGAGAUCAUCAAGUUGGCCCCACCUCCUAAAAAAGUGUGAGAUCGCGACACACAACCCUGAUCUUUGCACCUUGAUUUCUUCACUCCUGGCCCUCCAAUCAACCGACCAACCGUUUAUGACCAACCCCAUCACUCCCCUACACACACACACACACACACACACACACACACACACACACACACACACACACACACACACACACACACACACAUCCAGCCAAGCACCAUCCUUGCACUAACACAGAACCGCGCAGGCAGCCACCAACCAAGCAACCAAUCAGAUCGUAGCGAUGCAGCCUCUUUCCAAGCUGAGGGGAGGCGGGAAGCUGCGAAAAAGAGACAUUAGAAGACGUAAUCUGGAGACGGAUGAAAAGUGUAUGUGUGUAAGGAGAGAGUGUGUGAGAGAGAGAGAGAGAGAGAGAGGAGAGAGAGAGAGAGAAAGAGAGAGAGAGCCAAAGUCUACCCUCGAUUCAAAUGCUGAAUGGGUCAGUUUAGAAUGAGUGUAAUCUGUAAACACUGUUCAAUCUGUGAUGCUGUGCUUACUGUAUGCAACCAUCUGUCUGAGUGUGUGCAUGCCAGUGAAGGUUGUUAUUGUUAAGACAAAGACUACAUCCAGCCAUGACGAGUUUAAAACUACAAACCCUGCGUUCAAAACGUAACAACAAAGUGAAAUGGCAAAGUUUCAUUUUUUCAGACGUUCUAAAAAUGUCAGAAAGCUGAUGGGUAACCAUAGAAACAAUUAAGCUGGGAAUGCAUUGUAUGUACAGUACAAUGAUACUUAACUAUGACUGUGACUAUGAACGUAGUUCAGCAGUUGCUUAAUUGUUUUUAAAAAUUGAAUUAGAAAUUGCAAAACAGCCAAAAACAUUUCAAAUGCAUAGUUUACAUUAUCAAAAAGUAUUUUACAAACAAAACUGCAGCAAAAGUUAACACUUCUUAAAAAAGAAAUUUAAAACGUACCGGUAUCUAAAUCUCACAUAAUAUGACUCUGGUUUGUUUCUGUGAGGGUGCUUGUUUUAGUGUGUAGCUGCAUUAAUAGUUCAGGUGUGUUUUGAAAUGUGAAAGGGAUAGUUCAACAGACGCGUAUAUUCACUGUUCUGCUGUGACUUGGGUGAGAAGAAAGAUACCACAUUCAUGUCUGUCUUUUAAAUAUGAAACUACAGCUUAGCUUAGUUUAUUUUAGCAUAAAGACCGGAAACAGCUAGCCUUGUUUUUACACUUGGGUUAAUAUAGGGAUUAAUUGAAUGAGAUAUAUUUUGUUAAUUAGUUUUUAGAGGUGCUGGUUGGCAGAUUUUGUUUCCUUUGGACAUAGUCGGCCAGAAAUUUCUCAUCUUUGUGCUAAGAUAAUCUGCUCAGCUAACCGCUUCAUAUUAAAAGGAAAGGAUUUUCCAAAAUGUCAGACUAUUCCUUUAAAGUCUGUAUAGUUCAUUAAAAAAUAAUUACAGUCAUCAAGUUACCAUCUUUUGCCAUGAGGUUGCUGUAUUUGAAAUUAAACUGUAAGUCAAACUGAAAGGCCAGGACAGUCACUGUUCCUCAGCUUGAGGUUUUGUAUGCAUUCCCUUUACUCUUACACAGAUAAUGAUAUCAUAUUUCAAGAGCAAAAAAAAAAAAAAACUAAUAUUUUAGAAGAAUAUAUUUAAAGUUGAUUUUCAUAGGAAAGCCAAUAUUUGCCUUUAGCUUAUAAUCAUAGCAAGAUAUAUUUAGAGAACAUUUAGAUGGGAAAAGUAAAGCAAUUAUUUCUAAACUAUGGAUAUUCCCUCUCCAUGGGUUCUCUUUUCAUCAAUGGGACCAGAUAGCAUGAAAGUCUGUUGUAUGAGCUGGCUAGAGAUGUAAAUAUACAAAUAAUAUAUUAGAAGAAAAUAUAGCAGAAAUAAUAUAUUGACCUGCAGUGUGUGUUUCCACUGUACGUUCAAUUUCACCAUGUCUGGUUUUUGAAACUAAAGACCCUGAUUUUAUGUAAUCUGAAAUUGAGGGGAAAAACACUGAAGCACUUAAAGUACAUCAAUUUGGACUACAUUAGAAAAGUAUAUUUUGAGAGAUCAUAUUGGGUAUUAUAUUGCGUGGAAAUGUUGUGUUGUGUUACACAUAAAGAGACAAACACUAAACUUUCUUACACCCCUUUCUUGCCAUUUCAUUUGUUGCACAGAAAGUAACUGACCAGCUUGUGAUUUUUCUCUAUAUGAGGGGUUAAACUAUGGCCUCUGGAAAUAAAUGUAAGUGCAGAUCAAAGUGAAAGAAAAGGUCAGAAAGACAAUGUGGCAUGUGGUAAUAAAACAUGUCAUUUUAACAAAGUGUACAUAGAGUAGAUUGUGACAAAGGAUCUCUAAUGAACACGACGGCUCAUAACCCACUGACUGUGCCAUUACCGCCAUGCACCAACAUAGCUAGCAAGACUGUUGAAACUAAACUAUAAUAACUGCUAUUUUGAACACUGUGUCUCUUUUUCCCCCCGCAUUAAAGCCUUAGCGGACUUUGUGUUUACCCCGAAAUCUUUAACAACUGUGAGUGAUUGUGUGUGUUUGUGUGUGUGUAAAAAGCGGAGACAGACGCUGGCACACACAUCAAGUUAAUCAAAACGGCUCUCACUUUUAAAGAGCGCUUUUAUUCUGAAAUUUGCUAAGGACUAGUCUGUGGGUCUAUUUCUGCCCCCAUCUUCGUUGUUAUCAAAGCUGUAGGAUCCAAAAAAUGAACCAACAACAUAAAAAUCUAUCUCCCAGCCCUGCUCCACUCCAGACCCCAGUGCCAACGACCAAGACUUUUAUUUUGAUCACUGUUUCUGUGAUCUGUUUUUUUUUUCUCUCUCUCUUUUUUAUUGCUCGCCGUAUAUUGUAGUGUUGGACUGAUUUGUAUCCUAUGCAUUUACGUCUGUAGGAGAACUUUGCACUGUACCAUAUCCUCCUAACAAAUCGCUUAAUCUAAAGAACUGAACUCUUCAAUUGAGACAAGUCAGGGUGUUUGACUAGAUCUUGAUAUUCUUGUGUUGAAUCUGCAUGACGGACGUGCUGAGUGGCACUUGAUAAGAAGAAAGUGUGCAGUUUGGGGAAAGAAAAUAUAUGCUUGUUACCCAAUGUUCACUGUUUAGAACUAGGAAAUAAACUUGUUAGACAGACUAUAAAUCAAAGCAAACACUCAAUAGUCUUUUAAUGCCUGCAAUUGUGUGGCGAUGUUUACGAACCAUCAUGUUUCUUUGCAUAAGACAUCCAGUUAAUCUAGGUCAGAUCAAACUUUUUAAUUGUACUGUUAAAGGAAUAGUCCACCCUUAAAUACCUGAACACUGUUCUUUAUGCUAUAUGGGCCCAUUUUGCAGUUCAGACUGAAAUAUCUCAACAACUUUUGGAUUGAUUGCCAUGACAUUUGGUACACACAUUUAUGGUCACCAGCGAGUAAAUCCUGAUGACUUUGGUGAUCCCCUGAUCUUUCCUCCAACACAACAAACAGGUUGACGUUUGUUUUUCAGUAUAAAAUGUCUCAACAACUAUUGGAUGGAUUGCCAUGACAUUUGGUACAGAAAUUCAUGUCCCUGUUAGGAUGAAUUAUAAUAACCUUAGUGAUUCCUCUGACUUUUCAUCUAGUGCCAUCAUCAGUCCAAUACAUUAGUUUAUGACCAAAUUCUUUCAAGACUAAUAACACUCCAAUCAUUCAUACGUUUUUUGGUGCAAAUUAGCAAAUGUUAGCAUACUAACAUGCUAAACUUAGAUGGCAAACAUGGUAAUUAUUAUACCAGGAUGCUAAACAUCAGCAUAUUAGCUUUGUUAUUGUGAACAUGUUAGUGUGCCGAUGUUAGCAUUUAGCUUAAAGCACCACUGUGCCUAAGUGCAGCCAGUAGUUUUUUUCUAUAAGUUUGUGUCCCUUAAGAAUCAAAGAGAAAGGACUUAUUUUAAACUCUGUGUUUUUGUAGUUUUGCACCGACUUUUAACAUAGAGGGAGAAAUGAAUCGCUGAAGCGUCUCUGAGUGUAGAUUAAAAUUCAAAUUGAGCCAUAACGCAUGCUUAGCGAAGGUAUUACCAAAUGCCAUACAAAAAACUGUAGAAUGCAGCACUUAAUCAUAAAAUAUAUCGUAUAUCCAUGUACUGAUAUUUCAGAUUGAUGAAGUAUAACAGUGUCAGAGUGUUUCUGGGUGGCUCUUCCCUAGAGCGUCCAGACUAGCCCUUGCUAGGCCUGACCCCAAGUGAAGCGGUUACUGCCCUCCUAUAGCUUGAGCCUAUUGAACACAAAAUAUGACUACUGCAUUUAUCACAGAGCUGAACUGACAGCAUUUUAUCAGGCAAAAGGGGGCAGUUGAACUUACUGCUAUGACCUGUGGGUAAUGGUCCUUACCAGCGUUAAAAUGGAUGUUUAUUGACGACCGAUUGCCACUCCCCAUUUUCAGUGAAGAGCUUUGUUGACUUUACAAACCAACAUGCAGAUCUUAGCAUGCGUUUCCGUAAUUGUUCAAAAUAUCGGCAAGGGAGGAUUUGGGCCAUUGUACUUUCUUUUAUCUUCUCUUUUUAUUUGAAAGGUUUUUGAAUAGCAACUUGUGAAUUUAGACGUAUGUGACCAAGUGACUUUUAUUUUUUUCUCUCUCAGAAUUUCAGUAGGCAGUGGACUCAUGUUAACAAUUGUAUGGUAGUUUGUCAGUAGUUUGUCCAUGCAAUAUAUGUAAACAUCAAAAAAAGAAGAAAAAAAAUCCAGCUGAGAGAUGCUCUAGAUUCUCCUGGUUGUAUUCACUGGAGUGUUAGAAGUUCUGUCAGCAUCAACAUGUGGUUGUGAUGCACCCUUCUCUUUGUUUUAUAGUUUUUAACAUCCACUUCCUGUUUCCUACUCCUCUAAAGUCAACCCCCAUAAAUGUCACCAUGGUAACCUUGGCACAGCCCCUCUGACUUCAUCACCAGGUGGAUUAUAUGUUUGGCAUUGCUUAGCGUUUUCGGUAGCCAAUCGGCACAUAAUAUACCAACAUAUCAGUCACAAAUGAUGUCAAAUUUGGAUAUCCUUAUACCAAGUACAUAUCAACUUAGUAAAUGCUGCAAAAGUAUAAACCUACUAAAAUAUAUAAGUAUUUAAUGUUAAUACCUGAUUAUAACCAAUACAUGAGUAUAGAUGAAGUAGGAAACAAAGAGGCACAUAUUGUGUGAAGGUAUUCAGCAUGUAAUGCUAACCAUUAAUUAAAAUUGAUUCAAACAAAAGUAUAAUUUUCCCUUAAUAAGACUGUUGUUCGUUGUUUUUCUUUCUUCAUUUUAUUAUGUUGUAAAUAUGUAUUUUGAAUAUAUAUCUCUGUUUGUUUUGAACUUGAUUAAUUUAUUUAUGCCUAUAUAUUGUUGUUUUUAUGUCCCCUGAUUUUGUUUAACUAACUGGAAACAAAUCAAGGAGGUGAAAACGUGUUGCUUAUCUAAUGUUAAGCAGACCAUGUUUCAACACUUUUAUAAUUCAUGUUAUUCUCUUCAUUCACGUUUUGCUGUUUUGCCUUUGGGUGAUGAUUUUACAAAAAAAAGUGAUAUUCAUUUCAUUGUAUUUACUGAUAUGUAACAUAUUAUGUUUCUCUGUGUCGUAUUUGAUCAGAUGUGUCGUGGUCACCGCUCGUGAAAAUGAUUUUAUUCAGAGUUUCCGAAUCAUGACAAAAGAUAAAAGCAGUCACAAAGUGGUAAUCUGCCUUUUUGUCCAUAUGAGACAUGUUGUCACUUGCACAUUGCACCAAGCGUAGGAAAUGUAAAGAGCAUAGCGUCUUGAAAUGUUGGGCUAGGUGCAUGUAGAAAGUUUAAGAAAUGUUGACCUCUGAUUUGUAGAGUGCAGCCUUUAUUAUCAGAUUGUUAGCAGUGUUUUCCUGAAAAGUAUUUUCUGAUUCCACUCACUUUAUAAAAAGAUAACCCAUUGGAUAUAAAAACAAUAAGCAGUCCCUCUAGUUUGUAUGGAGCCCCAAAAGGUUCGAUGUUAGAUGAAUAAAUAAGUAAUUCUAAAAAACAGUCACAUGAAUAAAUUGUGUAAAAUAAUUAAUUUAGAAAUUGUUGUUGAGCAAGGAAGCUCAACAACCAAACUUUGCCACUUAGCUUAUGUUAGCUAGAGCAAAAUGUCAAAGUAAUACAGAUUCUGUCCAACUGUAAAUAAAAGCAGUACAUAGACACUGAAAUUAACAUUUUAUUUAGCCUAACAAGCUUCAAAUGCUACCUACCUAUAGCCAGCUAACUAGCUAGAAGAACAAAAAGACUGUAGUCAAUCUUGCCUAGAGCUUGAACUGGAGCUAGUUGCUAAAUACUGCUAAACAACCCAGCAAGCUAAUUAGAUAGGUAGCAUGUACAGCCAUGCUAAGCGAAAUGAAAGGUUAUAGUUAAUGUGCUAUGUUUAUUAAGAGCAGCAGCUUCUAGUUAAUUUAAUCAGAAUGACUUGUUACUCUAGCUAUCAUGAGCUAACUGGCUAAAUUUGGUAGCAGUUGUUGAGCUGAAAGGGCAUUUUGAAGUAAGAAUGUACAUAAUGAAAUUGAAUAAAACUUUAAUAUGAAAUGUA